AUGAAGAUAAGAAUCCUUUUCUGUGACAAGAUUGUUUAUGUUGAUGAUAUCAUCCUAACUGGUAAUGAUGAAAUAGAGUUAGGCAUUCUGAAGAAAAGACUUACAGAGGAUUUUCAAGUCAAGGACCUAGGAAGGCUAAAAUACUUUCUUGGUAUGGAGUUUGCUAGAUCCAAAGAAGGUAUUUUUGUCAAUCAGAGGAAGUAUGUACUUGAUCUACUCAAAGCAAUAGGUCUCCUCGGCUGUAGGGUGGCCGAGACUCCCAUUGAGCCUAAUGUGAAGUUACAAGCCGCCAAGAUUGAAGAAGUGAAGAACAAGGAACAAUAUCAUAGACUUGUAGGUAGAUUGAUCUACUUAUCACAUACACGUCUUGAUAUUGCUUUUGCAGUGAGCAUGGUAAGUCGGUUUAUGCACUCACCAGGACCAAAGCACUUCGAAGCGGUUUACAGGAUUCUGAGAUAUUUGAAAGGAACUCCAGGGAAAGGCUUACUAUUCAAGAAACACGACCAUCUACAGAUUGAAGUCUAUACUGAUGCAAACUGGGCCGAAAGUGUUACAGAUAGAAGAUCUACUUCGGGUUACUUUUCCUUUGUUGGAGGAAAUCUAGUUACUUGGCAAAGCAAAAAACAGAAUGUGGUGGCUAGGAGCAGUGCAAUGGCAGAAUUCAGAGCUGUUGCCCUUGGAAUUUGUGAGGGAAUAUGGAUCAAGAGAAUACUUGAGGAGUUGAAGAUUCCUCAUUUGUUACCUAUAAAAGUCUAUUGUGACCACAAGGCUGCUAUAUCUAUAGCUCAUAAUUAG